CUGCGGGCGUUGGUCUCAGACGAGUCGUUGAGCUGCUCGGGAGCGGUCGUGUUUGCUGUUGCGCUCGCUUGGUACGCUUUGUGUUCCGCCGCUGUGCGCACCGGAAGGAUGGCCCACAAGCAGAUUUACUACUCCGACAAGUACUUUGACGAGCACUACGAGUACCGGCAUGUCAUGUUACCCAGAGAACUCUCUAAACAAGUACCUAAGACCCAUCUCAUGUCUGAAGAGGAGUGGAGGAGACUUGGUGUCCAACAGAGUCUGGGAUGGGUUCAUUACAUGAUUCAUGAGCCAGAACCGCACAUUCUUCUCUUUAGACGACCUCUUCCAAAAGAACAACAAAAAUGAAGUACAUCUGGGAUCCUCAAAUCUUUUUCCAUUUGAAUGUACAUGUGUGUGUAUAUAAGGGUGUAGUAUUCAGUGAAUACUUGACAAAUGUACAAAUGAUUCAUCCAUACCUGUGCAUGAGCUGUAUUCUUCACAGCAACAGAGCUCAGUAAAUGCAACUGCAAGUAGGUUAUUGUAAUGUGUUUAAGAUAGUUUCUAGUCAGUUUUUCUCUUAAUAUAAGUGCCUGUUUGACUUUACCUGUUACUUUUGUUAAAUAAAGUUUGUAUGUUGCAUUUA